CCCCCCGCACAGCGGUGUUGUGCGCAGCACAUCUUUAGCCAGGCAGCUGGAUACUUCACCAUUGUGGUUCAUCUUGGGAGAUUAUUUUUUUUAACAACAAAGCUUCUGCUUUUUACAGUCUUAUUGUAUUUAUAAAAACACAGCUCACGCAGUCAUGUUUGAAGCUAGGCUGGUCCAAGGUUCGAUUCUUAAGAAGGUUUUGGAGGCGCUGAAGGACCUGAUCACGGAGGCAUGUUGGGACGUCAGCUCUUCGGGCAUCUCGCUGCAGAGCAUGGAUUCGUCUCAUGUCUCCCUGGUGCAACUUACCCUCCGCAGCGACGGAUUUGACUCCUACCGCUGCGACCGAAAUCUCGCCAUGGGCAUCAAUCUGAGCAGCAUGUCGACAAUCUUGAAGUGUGCUGGAAACGAAGACAUUAUCACUCUGAGGGCGGAGGACAAUGCGGACACACUGGCUCUGGUGUUCGAGACGCUCAAUGAGGAGAAAGUGUCUGAUUACGAGAUGAAGCUGAUGGACCUGGAUGUGGAGCAGCUGGGGAUCCCGGAGCAGGAGUAUAGCUGCGUGGUGAAGAUGCCCUCUGGGGAGUUUGCGCGUAUCUGCCGGGACCUGUCCCAUAUCGGUGACGCUGUCAUGAUCUCCUGUGCUAAGGACGGGGUCAUGUUCUCCGCCAGCGGGGAGCUGGGGACAGGGAACAUUAAGCUGUCUCAGACCAGCAACGUGGACAAGGAGGAUGAGGCGGUGACCAUUGAGAUGAAUGAGCCGGUGAAGCUGAUCUUCGCUCUCAACUACCUCAACUUCUUCACCAAGGCCACACCACUCUCCAAGACCGUCACCCUCAGCAUGUCUGCAGACAUCCCCCUGGUGGUGGAAUACAAGAUUGCAGACAUGGGCCAUGUGAAGUAUUAUCUGGCACCCAAGAUUGAUGAAGAGGAUUCCUAAAAGGGGCGUCCCACUCGGAAAGAAAGAUGGAGAGUGGAGGACUGCGGUGUGGGCACUUCCUGGGGUAGCGGUCAAAAUUGGAGAGUGACUGUUCAGUGGUUGGCUGUUGAAUGCCUCCUGUUCCUGGAUUCUUGAGAUUUUUUUUAAAAAAAAACAUUUAUUUCCUUUUUACAGCCAUUUUGUGUCUUCCAGGAUCAGUGAAACUCAAAGAGAAAUGUAUGGCCUUUGUAAGGUGCUUGGGGAUGCAAAGCUGUAUUCCUGUAGAGUUGGUAUUGCAGAAUGAAAUGUCAGGACAUCAUUGCGGAGGGGCUGAUUUGGACAGGAGAAGAUGGUUCACAGCUAAAGUGACCACAGAUGUACCCAGUGUGGUUUGUGUUCAAGGCAGAUUAUCAUUUUCUUGUCAUGGCUCAGUGUCCACUGGAGUCUGUUGUGGCUGUUUAGCCACUCGGCAAUCCAAUGAUUGAGUAGCACUUUUCCCGAAUGAUCUUCCGUUUUGUUUUUCCUCAGUCUUUCCACCCUCCCCGUCUGUUUUGCGGGUCAGCCACUCGCCGUGAUUUGUAGAUAAAUAACUGUAAAUAUUUUUGCCACCCGAUUUUGUAUUUUCCAAAU